CUCUUCCCCGAGAUCAACUGAUAUCCCCUCUUCACCUAUUGCAAUUCCCGGACGAUCCAGAUGACUGGGCAACAACCUCUGUCACCCUGUGAGCUGCAGAUACUCAGAUCUGUAGGGACAACACCGGGCCCUCCCAGAAGCUGGGAAAUGGAACUGUUGACAUUCAAGGACGUGUCUAUAGAGUUCUCUAUGGAUGAGUGGGCCUGCCUGGACCCUGCUCAGCAGACUUUGUAUUGGGACGUCAUGUUGGAGAACUACGGACACCUGGUCUUCCUAGGUCUUACUCUGUCUAAGCCCGAGGUCAUUACCUGUCUGGAGCAAAGGAAAGAGCCCUGGAAGGUGAAGACACACCAGACAGUAGUCAAGCCCCCAGCUAUAUCUAACCAUCCUGACCAAGACCAUUUGCAAGAUUUAGACACAAGUACUUUAUUUCCAGAGAUAAUUCUGAGAAGAUAUCGAAGUUGUGUCCCUGACAAAUUAAACUUAACAAAAGACUUGGCAAGUGUGUCUGAGUGUAAGCAGCAGAAAGUAUUGGACAGUGGACUUGACCAAUGUUUAACGGCUACCCAUACCAAAAUCUUCCAGUGUAGUAAAUGUUUGAAAGUCUUCACAAAAUUGUCAAAUGUAAGUAGACAUAAAAUGAUACAUACAAGAGGGAAAACAUUUCACUUUAUAAAGUAUGGGAAAGCCUCUAAUCCAUGCUCACAUGUUACUAAACAUAAGAUAAUCCAUAUUGGAGAAAAACAGUACAAAUGUAGCAAAGUCUUCAAAUCUGACUCAAGCCUAUCUAAGCAUAGGAGACAUCAUAAUGGAGAGAAACUCUACAAGUGUGAAAAUGAUGGCAAAUGUCUUAAUCUCAGAUCGAAAUAUUGUAACGAUGAGAGUAUUGAUAGUGGAAGACAACCCUACAACUAUGAAGACUGUGACAAACUUACCAAGGAGUACUCACACCUUUCUGGAGAUAAAAGAAUUUGUUCUGGAGAGAAACCCUACAAGUGUCAACAAUGUGACAAAGGAUUUAACUGGUACUCCCACCUUUUUGAGCAUCAAAGAAUUCAUUCUGGAGAGAAACCCUACAAAUGUCAACAAUGUGGCAAAGCCUUUACUUGUAAGUCAUCCCUUACUAAACAUAAAAGAAUUCAUUCUGGAGAAAAACCCUACAAGUGUCAACAAUGUGGCAAAGCCUUUACUAACAAUUCAUCCCUUACAAAUCAUAAAAGAAUUCAUUCUGGAGAGAAACCCUACAAAUGUCAACAAUGUGGCAAAGCCUUUCACCAUUACUCAAGCCUUUCUGUACAUCAAAUAAUUCAUUCUGGAGAGAAACCCUACAAAUGUCAACAGUGUGACAAAGCCUUUGCUUUGAAAUCAUACCUUACUAAUCAUGAAAGAAUUCAUUCUGGAGAGAAACCGUACAAAUGUCAACAAUGUGGCAAAGCCUUUGCUUUUAGUUCAUCCCUUACUCUUCAUGAAAGAAAUCACUCUGCAGAGAAACCCUACAAAUGUCAAGAAUGUGGCAAAGACUUUAACCAGUAUGCACACUUUUCUGUACAUCAAAGAAUUCAUUCUGGAGAGAAGCCCUACAAAUGUCAACAAUGUGGUAAAGCCUUUAAUGUUAGUUCAACCCUCACUAAACAUCAAAGAAUUCAUUCUGGAGAGAAAUCCUACAAAUGUCAACAAUGUGGCAAAGCCUUUAGGUGGUACUCAAACCUGUAUGUACAUCAAAGAAUUCAUUCUGGAGAGAAACCCUACAAAUGUCAACAAUGUGGCAAAGCCUUUACUUGUAAGUCAUCCCUUACUAAACAUGAAAGAAUUCAUUCUGGAGAGAAACCCUACAAAUGUCAACAAUGUGGCAAAGCCUUUAGUAAUAAUUCAGCCCUUAGUAAACAUAAAAGAAUUCAUUCUGGAGAGAAACUCUACAAAUGUCAACAAUGUGGCCAAACCUUUAGGCAGUACUCACACCUUUCUAAACAUCAAGAAAUUCAUUCUGGAGAGAAACCCUACAAAUGUCAACAAUGUGGCAAAGCCUUUACUUUUAUUUCAUCCCUUACUCAACAUGAAAGAAAUCACUCUGGAGAGAAACCCUACAAAUGUCAGCAAUGUGACAAAGCAUUUCGCCAUUACUCAGGCCUUUCUGUACAUCAAAGAAUUCAUUCUGGAGAGAAACCCUACAAAUGUCAGCAAUGUGGCAAAGCCUUUAGUUGGUGCUCAAACCUGUCUGUACAUCAAAGAAUUCAUUCUGGAGAGAAACCCUACAAAUGUCAACAAUGUGGCAAAGCCUUUACUUUUAGUUCAUCCCUUACAAAACAUAAAAGAAUUCAUUCUGGAGAGAAACCCUACAAAUGUACACAAUGUGGCAAAGCCUUUACUUUUAGUUCAUCUCUUACUCAUCAUGAAAGAAAUCACUGUGGAGAGAAACCCUACAAAUGUCAACAGUGUGGCAAAGCCUUUACUUUUAUUUCAUCCCUUACUCAUCAUGAAAGAAAUCACUCUGGAGAGAAACCCUACAAAUGUCAAGAAUGUGGCAAAGACUUUGACUGGUACUCACACCUUUCUGUACAUCAAAGAAUUCAUUCUGGAGAGAAGCCCUACAAAUGUCAACAAUGUGGCAAAGCCUUUAAUGUUAGUUCAACCCUCACUAAACAUCAAAGAAUUCAUUCUGGAGAUAAACCCUACAAGUGUCAACAAUGUGGCAAAUUGUUUAGGUACACCUCAAACCUGUAUGUACAUCAAAGAAUUCAUUUUGGAGAGAAACCCUACUAAUGUUAAUAAUGUGGCAAAGCCUUUAAUCGGUAUAUAAAACUUUUUGUGCAUAAAAGAAUUCAUUCUGGAGAGAAACCUUAUGAACAGUGUGGGCAACCCAUUAUCUCGUGUUCAAACCUCACUGUACAUAAAAUAAACCAUACUGAAGAGGAACCCUCAAAAUAUGAAGAAUAUUGUAGUACCAUUAACUGGUGUUGAUAACUUGCUAAGCAUGAAAGAAUUCACCCUGGUGAGAAAUCCCACAACUGUGAACAGUGCGGCACUUCCUGUAACCAGAACGCAAACCUUCCUAUACAUAACAAAAUUCAUAUUGGAGAAAAUCUUACAGAUGUGAAUAAUGUGGCAAAGAUUUUUACUGGUCUUCAUUCAGCACUUAGUAAACAUAAGAGGAAUUAUCCCAGAGAAAUAAUGUAACAAUAUGAAGAUGUGGCAAAGCUUAAUGCCAGUAGUCACAGUGUUCUGUACACAAUAGAAUUCAUGUUGAAGAGAAACACUACAAAUGUGAAGAACUUGACAAAUGUUUAACUUGUGCCCAAACCAUUGUAUAAAUGAAAAAUGUAUAACAGAGAAAUCUCUGACAAAUUUGAAGAAAGUUUUGAAUCGUAUAAGCAAGAUUCUCUACACUUCACACAUUUCAGUACAUAACAGAAUUCAGAGAAAUGGUAUAGAUGUGAAGAAUAUUACAAUGUCUUUAAAUAUUUCUCAUGCUUUUCUAAUCAUAAUUCAUAUGAAAGAAAUACUCUACAAAUGUCUGUCUUGUCUCAGAGCCUUAAAGUUGUGUUUGUCCUAGUAGGUAGGGCUAUGAAGAGACAGAGUCAGAUGAUACUAGGAGAUCCUUUGUCCAUCAGAAGAAUAAAAUGAGCAGAGGGGGAUUCCACCAAAGACAAGUUGGCAUUUCAAGAAAGCUUCUGAAAAGCGAAUUGAUGUUUGCUCUACAAAAAUGAGUCUCAGAGGUAGAUAUACAGCCAAGGCUACAAAAAGGAAUGUUUGGAGCAUGGAUUCAAGUAAUGUGACUGUAAGCUCAAGUGAUCUAUUUUCAGUAACAGUGCAAUUUACACCAGUUCUACCCUGUUUCCCUGAAAAUAAGACAGUGUCUUAUAUUAAUUUUUGCUCCCAAAGAUGCUCUAGGUCUAUUUUCAGGGGAUGUCUUAUUUUUGCAUUAAGAAGAAUACGGUACAAAUUUAUUGUUAAAAUAAAGGAAGUUUAUUACCUGUAUACAGUAUGGUAGUACGGUAGUUGUCAAUACAAACCAGACAAACUGUGAAUCGUACCUUCAGUCAUCAUGAGGGCAGCCACGAGCAUCAGGCAGUGUCACCAGAGACAGACCAGCACUCACCGUCGCCAUGCCCCAUCCGCUCUGAUCCUCCUGUUCUUCUACACACAUCUGCAAAAGUCUCCUCCUCCUGCCCUGUGCUCACCAAUCACUCCAACCUCCGCUCUGCCUCCACACAGCAGUGACGUCAGGACUCUGCCUAACGUCGCUGGUUGCUAGAUGCCAGUUGGGCGGCCCUAGCAACCAGUUUACGGUAAAUUAAUUUUCAUUCUGAGACAGAGCCUUGGGGGGGCCUUAUUUUCGGGGGGAUGCCUUAUAUUUCACCCAGAAGGAAACCUGUAACUAGGUCUUAUUUUCGGAGGAUGUUUUAUUUUCGGGGAAACAUGGUAUCACACUAAAGAAAUACAAUGAUAAUUUCUGGAAAUUGCCUUAUAGGGAUAGAAAAUGGGAAGAUACUCCUUUCUGGAAGUUUUCCCUCUUUCCAGGAAAAAUUAUGAAUAUUUACCCCCACAGCACUUAACAUAGAAUUGGAAAAUCUAUGUAAAGACAAAGCAUCUUACUAAAAACCCAGCAUCUUCACCACUUGAAGGAUGUUCUCUGGAGUAUACUGUUCUCAAAUAAGCUUUGAUCUUUUGCAUACAUGUAUCUACUUAUUCUGCUCAUUUGUUCCCCUGUCUUGAUACCAGUAACCAUUCUUUGGCACCUGGAACAAAAAAACAGGAAACAUACCUGAAAUCUGGUUUCCAUAUGUGACAUUUUGGUGCUAAAAUCUGGGAGGAAACUACACAUCUUUGGCAAGAUACGUUAAUAAAACAAUAAACAUUGUUAAUUUAUGCUGCCUGCUCAUAUUACUUAAUACAAAUACAGUUCUCACGCUGUCUUUGCUUUCCUUAUCUACCUCUGCUUCAUCUACUUUUUUCUUCAUCUCUGCAAUGCACUUUAUCCCGGGGACUCUGGCCACGCUGAACUAUUUGUAGUUGUGGGACAAACUGGGCACUCCAUGCCUUUCUUGCUCUUCCCUUUCUAAGUUGUGACCUCCUCAAGUCAAAGAAACUGUUUCCACUUGAGUUUUCACCUGCUGCAUUGCUGGGUCAUCUUUUAUAUACCUAUGGCCUUGCUCUGCUCCUGGCUUUAAGAAAGCUCUAGUUAGCCACCCCUCAAGUGGAGCCCAAUGGUCUGUGUUAAACCUCUUCACAGACUCCUUGAAAAAGAUCCCGGAAGAGACUCCAGACUCCUCUCAGGCUGAAUCAAUGGGAAGCUCUUUCACUGUGGUCACUGGUAAUAAUCAGGGCAGAUAGAGAUGUCAUCUGAGCAAGAGCACUUAGUGAGACCAAGGCUGAAAAGAGGUAUCCAAACACAUGUAAGCCUGGAACCUAGGAAUUGAUGGUACAAGGUCAGUGCAUGCUUCCUAAGGGAUGAACCUGGCCCUGGAAUGUCACCUUGUAAUUCUAGGUGGGAAAAUGCAGAGAACUCUGGCCACCUGAGGAUGCACACAGCUUUGUUCAUAGGUGACAAUUAGUCUAUGAUAAUGAUGCCUUUCUGGACAGCAACUAUUUGGCCCAAUGUCUGUAGAAAUGCCUAGUCCAAAGAGUAGUAAACACUCUCUUCUCUACCUACAGAAAGCUGUACACCAAGACUUUCUAAUAAAUCCCGUGGCUACAUGUUUAGAGCUUAAUACUCCAUUCUCUCCUAUUACUGAACACCUGGUUGUCUAGCAGGAGUAACAGGACAGCUAGAAUACAAAUUCUUUCUUAAACCUCUUACAUGCUGGAUUGGGAAAAGAGAUAACUCAUUGGUUUCUUUAGAUGCCUGAUUUCCUCGUUCUCUUCUGGAUAGAGACAUGUCUAAAUUAUAUACUGAGAUUACCUUUCUCCACAAAACAAUUACCUUACAAAGAAGGUACUGCAAGAACAUGCCUGGUAGGUGUUACUCCAGCUUGAGUUACUCCACGUCCAGGAUGAGGAUAAAUGACCAGCAGAAAUCAACAUCCAGGUAAACUUCUCUAUCUGGGAAGAAGGUCCCUCUAGGAAGGCCCUCAGGACCACGCUGAGGUCCACUUCAAACCAGAAGCUCAACCACCAGAACAGAUUGUGUACAUCUUAAACAUGAAGCAUUAGUAGACAUCGCCCUUUUGAUCAACAAAUUUAUGAGAUUGAGCCAACAAGGCCCUGUUAGUACCUAACUCUUACCUUUUUUGGAUUAUUGUACGUUUAAUGGACAAUUACUUUGUGUAGUAUUCUGUGUGUCUCUGCCAUUAUCCCAGGGAUACGUGUUCCAUUCUGAGUCCAUUUUCCACUUGAUUGCAAACUUGUAAAAAUAGGAACUUGGGCGAGGAGAGAAGUUAAUACUUGUAAGGUGGUAAAUUUCCUAAAGUGAGCUGGAGCAGUGGUGGGUUCCGACUAGUUUUCACCAAUUACGUUUCUUACCUUGUAAAGAUAAUCAUUUCACAUUUAGUGGCAGUGAUUUUCUUGUGUUCAUUUUUUUCUCUUGGCUUACAAGGAAUUUGUGCUGUGAAAUAAUAAAUGCUACAAAUACACAUGAAAAUCAAUUUAUUAACCAAAUACAAAACACUUUUUAACCUUUUUCUAAUUAUAAAGAAAUUUAUUUGAGAUCUUAGAAUUAAGUUUGUGAACUUACCUCCAUGUACUUGCAGUGGCUGCACUGUACAAACAAGUCAGCAAAGUUUUCUAACUUUGGUUAAUCAGUUUCUCACAGUGGUGUUUUCAUUGGCAUGUGUUUUUGUUUUGCUGGGUGCUGUUUUUUGUGUGUGAUUUUGUGUGUUGUAAGAAUAUCAUGGCUUAAAUUAGAGUAAUGAACAAACUUUCAGAAAUUUCUUGUUUAACUUCACAAGAGCAGAAGUGAAAUCAGGGACAAGUUGGUCCAAGAUUAUAGUCAAAAGGCCAUAAAGAAAAUGGCAGUUUAUAAAUGGAUUGAACAUUUUUCUGAGAGGAGAGAAAGCAUCACUGAUGAAGAUAGGUUAGGACAGCCAAUAAUGAGCAAAACUAAUGAAAACAUUGCAAAAAUUCCCGUAAGAGGCUGUCAAAAUCUUCGACUGACUAUGAGAAGUGUAGCAGAACAUGGAAAUAUCAAUAGGGAAAGAGGACACUUUUGACUAAAAAUCCUGGCCACCACCUCACGGGUCUAGCAUCAUGACAAAGCACUGGUUUAUGUGACAAUGUAUGUAAGGGAGUAUUUAGCCAGUGGACAAAUUAUUGGAAUACCCUUAUUACCCCUAUGACAUUUUUGUUGCCUGAAGACAAAGGAAGUAUUAAAAAAAAAAAAUACAAACAUUUUACUGACAUUCAGAAUGUCAAGGUUAAUACAGCAAUACUUUCGAUGGAUAUUCAAAGAAAAGAAAAGAGUUCCAAAAUUUCCUUGAAGGGUACAUUAGUCACUGGCAUCAGUACGUAGCUUCCCAAGGGGUGUACUUUGAGUGUGACUGUAGUGAUAUUUAGGAAUGAGUAUCAAGAAAAAGUGAAGUUCUAUAGAAAAUAUCUCCUUUUCUCCAGUGUCACUUGAUUUAUAGAAGAAACUAUUAACAGUGUUUAUUCUUCUGGAGUGCACACAUUUCCGAUGAAUUUACAAAUACUUUUUUUUUUUUAUAAACAGAGUCUCACUUAGUUGCUCUUGGUAGAGUGCUGUGGCGUUUCAACUCACAGCAACUUCCAGUUCUUGGGCUUAGGCGAUUCUCUUGCCUCAGCCUCCUGAGUAGCUGGGACUACAGGUGCCCGUCAGAACGCCCAGCUAUUUUUUUUGUUGUUGCAGUUUGGCCGGGCCGGAUUUAAACCCGCCACCCUCGGUAUAUGGGCCGACACCCUACUCACUGAGAUACAGGCACCACCCAAUACACAUAUUUUUUAAAAAGAAUAGAUCAUAUUGCUGUCCAUGGUUCUUUUACUUACUGUUUUCCAAGCUGCAGUUAACUGAUAUCUAUAUCAGUUUCAGAUUAGUACUGAGGCCUACUUCAUAAAACGUCACUCUUGGUCUAUAUUGUAGCUGAAUAAUUCUUACUCUUAAACUUCUUGUCCAAAGACAACAGUAACAUGUAAAUUAAAAAUUUAAGUGAACAUGUAGGCAUCGUUCUGCUUUCAAACUUAUUUCCGGUUUAUCAUUAUUGAAUUUUUCUCACUGAGAUGAUAAAAUGCUAUCUUACAACUACAAUGAGAGCUGUGGGUUUGGCAAGCUCAAGGUGGGGAUGAAGAAGUAGUAAAGAGAACUCAGACCUAUAACCCACACAUGCAGUUAAAUUGAAUUUUAUUGGAUAAAAUUCACAAUUAUCUAAAAUUGAAAAUGCUGAAAACCAUUAAUGUUUAUCUUAUGGUCUGUAAUAUGAAAAGAAAGCCAAGUACUAUUAUUUUUCCUACAUAAAAAUUCAGUACAUUUAUAUAAUGAAAUAUUGUGUAAUCCCAGUGUAAAAUGUCAAGAAAAAUAUGUAAAUGAAAUAAAACUAAUGUGGCCACUCAUGGUGGCUUGUCCAUAUAAUCUUAGCACUCUGAAAGUCUGAGGCUGGUGGAUUGCUUGAGCUCAAGAGUUCAAGACCAGCUAGAUCAAGAGCAAGACCCUGUCUCUACUAAAAACAGAAAAAUUACCCAAGGGUGGUGGUGCUCCCCUGUCAUCACAGAUACUCAGGAGGCUGAGGCAAGAGGAUUGAUUGCUCUAGCUCAACUGUCUGAGAUUGCUAAGAGCUAUGAUACCAUAGCAUUCUAGCCAGGGUGACAGAGUGAGACUCUAUCACCAAAAAAUAUAUAUGACAAAUGUCUCACAAAUAGCAAUACUUAUAUUACAUUUAAAAUCCUACAGUAAAAUUAGAUCAAAAUAAAUACAAGAAAUGUGAAAAUUAGGCAAAAAUAUUAAGUGGGUAGAGAAUAUUUUUUUCUUUUUGUUAGUGAUCAAUAUUAAAAUUAUAGAGGGAAUACAUAUUACCAAUAAGCAUUUAAUAUGCUUUGAGAUUUUACACAAAGAAAAUGUAAAUGACAGUAACAUUAUUUCACCAUGAAUUCUUAAGACAGAAAAAAACUGUAAACAUUUCUCCCAAGAAAGUGCUAUCAAAGGUUUGUGGAUAAUGGUUCUCCAUGUACUGAGACUAGAAAAGUGAAAAUCUUCAUUAUUUUCUGAAUUAAAGAAUGAGGUUAACAACAUGCAUUUACUUUGUUGCUUCAUAUAAUAUACAGAAACUCAUUAAUAAUGAAACCCUCAUAUGUUUUUAAUUAGAAAGAAUGACCGUGUCAUAAACCAGCCAAAAGACAUAAACUGUGUUACAUAAAUACAAAAUUUGUCACUCAUCAUAGCCCUCAAGGCAAAGUCCACGUGGGUGUCCAUGGCAUAGGUUUGCACUGCUGUGCUCACAGGCCCCUGCAACCAGGUGAGCUCAGAGAGCUGCUCCCAGAUUAGGAGAAAAUGUAUCUGCUGUGACCAUACCCAGGAUAUGUCUUGAUAAAUUGCCUCAGACAUAGCAUUGAGGGAGGUCACCAGGCUUUUUGUCAGCAUAGCUGGUGAUCUUUUGGGAACUGCAUUCUAGGCCAUUUGGAACUGAAAUGUGGGCCACAUGCUGAACCCAUUGUGCACCUGUAGGGGACCCCUGCCACAGACUUCACAGGCCUUCUCCAUGUCACCUCUGUGUAUAAUGUCAGAGACCUUUGGUUUCUUUUCCACAGUCAAGCUCCUCUUAUAGACGAUACUCUGUGUAAGAAUCAUGAGAGUGCGAGACUCUUCAGAACAGUUUCCAAAGUUGCUUAUUCUGGAACCUUCCCAUGCAUCUUCAGGUGAACCUCACUUGUCUGUCUUCCUCCUUUCUGACCCCCUCAUUCUCCAGAAGGCUUAUCUCCCCAAUGCUCUCGGAGUGCAGGAUACUAAAAUCCUCUGACUCCUGAGGAACAUACUUUUUGCCAAAGCCCUGUGUCAGCUAUUUGUCUGUUUUUGAAGCCAAAGAAGCAAAAUUCUACCUGCUGCUUUAUCUUGGAAGCUGCCUACGGAAAUGAUUUUCUUUUUCCUGGAAUUCCCCCAUCUGAGCUGAAAUCAGAUACUCUGGAUAAAAUGAGUAUUUGAGUGAGCACCUGAGAAGUCCUAGUCCAUCCUGGAUAAUCAGGAGCUACAGUUUUCAACAAAAGGUGAGUCUUCCUUUUCCAGAGUCCAGAGUCUGAGAGAUCCUGGCUGUCAAAGAAGUCCCGGUUCCCUUGCCAGGGUUUACUGUGUUAAUCCCUCCCUGUCACCUCUUGCAUGUAGAAUGAAAUUUUAUGGGGUCUAGCAGUGCUGGUUUUGACUUUGGGCUGAUAUUUUUUAAUUUUGUUUUUCAUGUGCAUUGUGCUCUAACCCUGGUGCAAAAAAAGCAAGAUUAGAAGAUUCCCCUGUCAUGAAGUCCCAAGCCCCAUAGUUUGUCUUGGGGGCAUAUUUGUGGGUUAUUCUCUCAACUGAAUCUGUUCAGCUGUAUCAAAAUAAAGAGGAAGAAUACUCAUGCAGGGGAUCACUGCUGCAUUCCUCAAAGCCCCCUGAUGACUAUAAGCCAUUUCCCAUUUGCAAUCAAAAAAUGAAACACUACAAAAGACACACACCCCAGUAUCCCUGACUCCCACCCUCCUUCCAGGCUCCAUAUGAAGAGUCCAAGCCCUUAUCUUGCCUUUGGAUGUGGUUCUUACUGGAAUAAUUAUAGUUGUCAUGGACCAGCCACAGCAUGCAUUGGGUUUAUUUCCUAGUGGCCUGGUGGGGUGAGGAGACCAGAGAAUUAUAGUAUUCUAUAAUUCUAUAAUAUAUAGUAGGAGUUAUAGAAUAUUAAUAUAGAGAAAUAAUAGGCACAGACAAAGAUAGUUUUAAGAGCUACGAGUCUCGGGAGGUGGCACACACUUCGUGAGGUUCCGGUAUGGGGAGGUUGUUUGUGGGGCCUUGUUACAGUGUUGUAAAGCAGGGCAUGAAAGACAUGAGACACAGGGGGAAAAAAAUCUGUAGACUCAGUCCCAUGAGAUUGCUAGCUCAGUUCUCCCACAGUAUUUAAGAACUUGCCCAGAUUUCAAGAUGCAGAAUUAUGCAGUCUAUCUAUGGACACAUGCAUAUACAUUGCAUGCACAAAAAAAUAUUUACUGUUAAAAGUUGUCUAGACAAGACAGGCACAGUGGCUCAUGCUGUAAUCCUAGCACUCUGGGGGGUCGUGUGGUGGAUUGCUUGAGUUCACAGUUUCGAGACCAGUCUUAGCAAGGGCAAGACCUCAUGUCUACUAAAAAUAGAAAAUCUAAGGGAAGAGGAUUGUUUGAGCCUAAAAGUUGGAGGUUGUCGUGAGUUAAGAUGACAUCAUGGGAGUCUACCCAGGUGACAGUUUGACCCUCUAUCUAAAGAAGAAAAAGUUGUCUACAUAGAUGUUAUAAUUUUUCAAAUGCUUGGAAUGACAAAUAUUAAAUUAUAUUGGAUAUGCACAUAUGUAGGAAAAUAAAGAUGGAGCAAAAAUAUAAAAUGUCCUUAUCCAUCUAGAAACUGGCAGAGAUGAUUAGAUCAUAUGAUAUUGCUUUGACUUGAUUAGAACAAAUGCAAACCACAGUGAUUGCUGAUUCUAGAGGCAGCAAAAAAUCCAGCUGCAGAGGCUGGACUUCCCCUAGUUAUCCUGAGAGUUCCACUGUGUUCUGUAGAAUUUAUCCACCAUACAUAAUCUCAGCAGAUAAAUCCAUCUAGUUUAUUAUCAGCAUUCUUACACCUUUUGAUAAUUAUUCUUGUAUUUUCAUUUAAAAUUUAUUUUGGAUAAAAGUAUUCAGCAGGAGUUUCCAGUCAUGAAAUGAGCCACUUGCCUGUGUCUUGCCAAAUAAUAAAAUCAUCAUCACAAUAAAAAUGCCAAAUUUAAAACACAACCUGUCCUACCAUGAAUCUGCUGAAGCUGCCAGUGAUUGAUACAGAUUCACUGACCUUCCUUUAAACUCAGAAGAAAUGUGGAGGAAUGGUAAGGUGAAGAUCAGAAGGUGCCCACUCAAGUGUUUGGAGAACCCUGUCCCACAGAUGGGCUCAAAUAAUGGGAAGAAACAGAAAAGCAACCAAAGAAUUCAUGGCAGCUUCUGACUCCAGCGCCUUAUAGCAAAACUGAAAGAAGGAAUAAAGGUAAAGGUGACAGAUCUCAAGGGUUGAAGCCAUGAUUGGACAUUAAAAUUUCAGCAUCUCCCAUUUUCUCCAUGUCCACAGCCUUCUCCAAGCAUAGAUGGAGGAACUAAAUUUAAGUACACAGAGGGUGCAGUAGACGUCAGAGUUCCUCACUCAGGUGCUCAUACUACUUCAGGAGGAUUACUUUGGGCAGGUGUGUGGGGGGUUAUCUUGAAACUAUAAAUGGCAGGUAGAAUAAUGAAGCCUAAGUUAAAGUAUCUGGAUUGUACAUCAGAAGCUGAAGAGCUACAUGCAGUUGGAAGGUGGCUACUGCAGGAGGGUAUGAGAAGCCUUGAAAAAGUUUGCAAGAUCUUCAAUGCCUUCUUCAUUCCAAGAUAUAAUCCAUUAGUGUCUCCUUGUUUCCCAUCCCCCAAGUGAAACAGCAAGUUGAAACAGGUCUAGAUAUUUAACAUAGAUUCUUCUUCAGGCAGAAAGAGCUGAAGAAAAGAGAAAGAUUCUACUGCAAAAGAUGUCGAGUGGACCUCAAGUGUGGCAUCAGCAGACAGAAGGAAAGUGGACUCUUGAUCUUUAAGGGUUGCCUGAUUUGUUUUUAUUUCUCAGACUUUGGAUGGGGGAUUAUCCUAAAAACACAGGAUGACCAAAAAGAUUUCUCACAUAUACAUGCAUGUGUUUUAUUCUUCUGCUGCUUCUUCCUUUUGCUCAUCCUCUUUCUCUUCUUCCCCUUCUCCUUCCCCUUCUCUUUCUUCUCCUUCUUUGCUGUUGUUCACAUAGCCACCAAAAGUAUGCCAGUGUGGGCAUUCACUUCAAGUGUUCUUAUCACAUGCCUUUUAAAAAGUAGAAUCCUACAUACAAGAGCAAGCAGCUUUUAAGUCUUGACAUAUAUUUCGCAAUUGUUCUUCAAGAGUCCAUUGGCCAUUUAUUCUCUGUGCAAGCAUGUGCAAACUAGUGGCCAUAAAAAGUGACAAAAUUACGCAGCAUUUACUCAUAAACACAGGUUAGAUAUAUAUGUUGAAAAUUGAAUUUAUCAUUAUAUAAUUUCAGUCUUUUUCUACUGGCUAUUUUGAACUAAAAUAUAUUUUGUGUAAUAUAAUUAUAGCUACUUUACUCACUUUUAGUUACUUUUUCCAGGACAUAGAUUUUUUUGUCUUUUUACUUUUAGCCUAUUGAAGUCCUUAAAGCUAUAAGCAGUCUUCUGUAGAUCUAUUAUUGUGGAAACUCACUCAUUGUAAAUUGACCCACUCAUAUUAUCUUUUUAGAUUGAGGAGUUUAACUCAUUUAUAUUUCAUGUAAUUAAGUUACUAUUACUUUAUUUCUUCUACAUAUGUUAUCUCUCAUUGCUUCUCUUGUUGCCUCCCUUUCUGUUUUAUGGAUUUUCAUAGUUACUUCCUUUGAUUACUUUCUUAGUUUCUUUCACACAAAUUGGAUAGAUAUUUUCUCUCUGAACACCUUGAAAAAUGGAAAUUAUAAAAACAUCUUAAAGAUAUAAGAAUAGAAUUUACUCUCAUAACCAGCAAUCUUCAAUUGAAUUCAAAACCCAUAAUGCUUUACAUUUCCCAUUUUUUUAUUAGCAUGAUAAAUUAUAUCAUUUUAUAUUGUGCAUGUAUUCAUAGAGACACUUCAGAAGUUCAAAGGAACGUGCUUGAAUGUAUAUAUUUUAUAAAAGUUGAAUUAGAUAAUUAGUAUGUACAUGUAUUAUAAUGAUUGGUUUUGUAUGUUUUCAGUUAUUGCAAGAAAUAGUAGCAUUUCCAUUCACUAUUAUGAACCUUUAACUGAACGAGAAUAUAAUUUAUUUCUAAUUGUUCAUUUUAUGUAUCAGUUUCACAGAAUCUAUUACAAUACCCAUGUCUUUCUGUAUUUAGGAAUGAAGACUUUUCUUUAAUUCUGACAGCUGAAUUACAGCCUUUCUCUUUGGCAUAAGGAGAGCACCAAUACGUCAAUAACAUUAAAACAAAGUUUUUCUAAUGUCAUUUAAGUCCUUAAUAUUUUCUUAUCAAGGCUUUUCAUUGGAUUUUCAUGUAUUUUUGUAAAGUGUUAUUGCCCUAACUGUAUAAUAAAGAUUCAGAAUUUGUGCUUCUCAUGGAUGUACAGUUAUCCUUGAAAAUAGCAGUUACAGGCUGGGUGUGGUGGCUCAUGACUGUAAUCCUAGCACUCUGGAAAUGGAGGUGUAUGCAUAGCAUGUGCUCAGGAAUUCCAGACCAGCAUAAGCAAGAGUGAGACGUUGCUGGGUAAAUCUGGAUGUCAUAACACAAGCCUGUAGUCCCAGCUACUUGGGAUGCUCUGGGAAAAGGAUCUCCUGAGCUCAGCAUUUUGAGGUUAUUAUGAAAAGAAGAAAAAUACUUAUCUAGAUUACAUUAGUGAUGUACUAUCUUUUCCUAGAAUUUUAUGGGUGAAAUCUUUUUAAAUUUUAUUUUGUAAUUUUAAAUAAUUCUUUUUACAUUUUAAAAGUAGGUUAAAUUUGUUUUUACUUUUUUAUCUAUGCAGGGUGUCCUAAAAUUGGCCAUACAUACAAACAUAGUGAAAGUGGAAAAUUCUAACCUAAAUGUAUCAUUAUAUACAAAACAUUCAUUACAUAUUUUUACAAAAUAUUUCUCUGUGUAUUGAUAUAAAAAUAUUAAAAAUGUACAAUAUGACUUUCCAUUCUGUGUGUAACUUUGGGACACUUUGUAAUUUUGCAGGAUAAUAUUCAAUAUUUGUUUUUGUUUUUGUUUUGCUUUUUGAGACACAGUCUCACUGUGUAAGCAACCUCAAACUCUUGGGCUCAAGCAAUUCUCUUGUCUCAGCCUCCCAAGUAGCUGGGACUACAGGCACCUGCCAGAACACCUGGCUAUUUUUAGAGAUGAGGUCUUGCUCUGGCUCAGCCCACUCUCAAACCUAUGAGCACAGGCAAUCUACCCACAUCGGCCUUCCAGAGUGCUAGGAUUACAGGCCUUGUAUUUGAAUUAUGAACAGUAUAUUUUCUCUUGGGUGCUAGCCAAUGGUUAUUUUUUGUCCUGUAGGUGAAUAUUAAUGAAAACUGUCAGGCUGGCUGUGGUGCCUCAUGCCUGUAAUUCCAGCACUCUGGGAGGCUGAGGUGGGUGGAUAGCUCAAGCUCAGGGGUUGAAGACCAGCCUGAGCAUGAGUGAGAGACCCCAUCUCUUAAAAAAAUAUAGCCAGCAUUGUGGCAGGUGCCUGUAGUCCCAGCUACUCAUGAGGCUGAAGCAAGAGAAUCUCUUGAGCCCAAGAGUUUGAGGUUGCUAUGAACUAUGAUGCCACAGCAGUAUACCCAGGGAGACUGAGACUGUCUCAAAAAAAAUGAAGAAAAAAGAAAAAGUGUCUUAAUCUUAAGACAUACUUAUUAGUGAAUAUAUAUUAUGUUUGUGGGAAACAUUUGUGUGAUGAAGAUAAUGUUUAAACAGACAUAUAACUCUAGUUAACUCUACCUUUAAUCAUUCUUUACUUUUCAGGAGAAACACUUUUUUUUUUUUGAGACAGAGUCUCAAGCUUUUUGCCUGGGUAGAGUGCUGUGGCGUCACAGCCCACAGCAACCUCCAACUCUUGGGCUCAAGCGAUUCUUUUGCCUCUGCCUUCCAAGUAGCUGGGUCUACAGGCACCUGCCACAAUGCCCGGGUAUUUUCUUAUUGCAGUUGUGAUUCGUUUUUUUGAAAUGUUACAUUGUUUUAUUUAGAAGUGAGACUCUCAAAAACCUUUGGACAAACAGAGAAGGGAUAUAUUCUCUUUUUGGCUUCUCUGAACAUGGAAGCCUGAGGGAUAUGGAAGGAAAUUAAGAUAGCAGUAAUUUUCUUAGGUACUUAUUUAAGUGUUGCUUCUAAGUUAAAAAGCCCAAUUCAGAUGGGGGAUUUUUUUUUUUUCUGUAGAGACAAGAGUCUCACUUUACUGCCUUCAGUAGAGUGCCAUGAUGUCACAGGACUCACAACAACCUCUAGCUCUUGGGCUUCCGCGAUUCUCUUGCCUCAGACUCCCGAGCAGCUGGGAUUACAGGCACCUGCUACAACACCCGGCUAUUUUUUGGUUGCAGUUCAGCCGGGGCUGUGUUUGAAUCCGCCACCCUCGGUAUAUGGGGCUGGCGCCCUACUCAUUGAGCCACAGGCGCUACCCCAGAUGGGGGAUUUUUAUUUUUCCUUUUAAAAUAUAUAUGCAUUCAACCUCUGUUAUGUCACAAACCCAGAAAGUUUCUUGUGAGUUGUGAGAUAGAAAAAAUUCCAGGCAGGCACAAUGGACAUUAAAAAAAACAGGAGGGGGAGAGGAUAUGGCCCUAAGGCAACAAGUGGUUACACAAGGCAAUUGAACACACAGCAGAACUUUAAAACCUGUAAAACAAACUGGAGCCUUUUUUCCCCUUUAAUCAACCUUGUAUCUUUUUUUUAACUUUUUGAAAAUUUUUAUUUAAAAAACACAAAAACACAGACUUUUUUUCAUUUCAGUAUGUGGUAUGUUGUAUUUUCCAGUUUGUUCAAUGCUUUAAAGCUCAAGGAUACCUCUGCUUUCAAUUGUACAUGGGCCUGAAGCAUCCUAGCUUUUGGCAAGCAGGCAGGA